AUGAAGGGUCCUCCCAGCGAGGCUUCCUCUGUUGAGGAUGCAUCUUCGGACACCAUACCCGCGCAAACCUCCGACGCUACCCCCCAAACAUUCAAGGAAUUAGGUGUGAUCGACCCAUUAUGCGAAGCAUGCGAUUCCCUUGGAUUCAAAACUCCAACGCCAAUUCAAGCGCGUUGCAUUCCGGUCGCUUUACAAGGGCGAGAUCUCAUUGGUCUCGCUGAGACUGGAAGUGGCAAGACCGCUGCCUUCACGAUACCUUUGCUCCAAGCGCUUAUGGAGAACCCGCAAGCCUUUCACUCCCUGAUCCUAGCGCCCACGCGUGAAUUGGCUCAGCAAACUGCUCAGACCGUUGAAGCCUUGGGGGCUUUUAUAAAUGUACGAUGCACAUUGUUGAUUGGAGGAGUGGACAUGAUCCCGCAGGCCAUCUCUCUAGGGAAGAAGCCUCAUGUCAUUGUCGCAACCCCGGGCCGUCUCCUUGAUCACCUUGAAAACACCAAAGGAUUUUCUCUGAAACACUUGAAAUAUCUGGUACUGGAUGAGGCCGAUCGACUCCUGGAUCUCGACUUUGGCCCGAUCCUAGAUAAGCUUCUGCGACUUCUGCCAAGUCGCAAAACAUACCUUUUCUCCGCCACCAUUUCCAGCAAGGUCGAAUCUCUCCAGCGGGCAUCAUUAUCAAACCCAGCCAAGAUCUCGGUAUCGAGCAAAAAUCAAACCGCCACAAACCUCAUACAGUCAUACCUGUUCGUACCGCAAAAGUUGAAAGACAUCUAUCUUGUCUAUCUGUUAAAUGAGCGGGUCGGCCAGAUGGGCAUUCUCUUCACCCGCACAGUUCUCGAAACUCAGCGAUUGGCCCUUUUCCUACGAAACCUCGGCUUUCCUGCCAUCCCCAUUCAUGGUCAACUGUCCCAAAGCGCUCGUCUUGGAGCUCUGAACAAAUUCCGGUCACGAUCUCGGAAUUUGCUCAUUGCCACUGAUGUCGCAGCUCGUGGAUUAGAUAUCCCAGCUGUGGAUUUCGUUGUCAACUGUGACCUUCCUUCAGACAGCAAAACUUAUAUCCACCGAGUAGGACGAACUGCCCGUGCAGGCAAGAGCGGAAGGGCUUUCUCCUUUGUCACUCAAUAUGAUGUGGAGAUCUGGCUUCGGAUUGAGAACGCUCUCGACAAGAAACUGGAUGAAUACAAGACGAAUAAGGAUGAAGUGAUGGUCUUUGCAGACCGAGUCCAUGAUGCACAACGGAUAGCUAUCAUGGAUCUGAAGGAACAAACCCAAAAUAACCAACGUGGCAGUAGGCAACGAAAGCGCGGCAGAGAUCAAAUGGACCAAGAAGAGUCUUGA